AUAGUGAUAGUAAUUAUAAACAAAAUAAAUUACAGAAUCUGGUAAUGAUCAAUUCUUUAUGCAUUCAUAAUAAUAUUCUAUGUUAUUUUAGGUAAUUAAUGCUUUCUUAAGGUUGCUGGUCAUUGAGAACAAUAAGGUCAACAUGAGUAAGGCAGUCAUGAUUGACUCUUAUGAAAUGACAGCAAUCUGGAUGGGGAGGACAUCCAAAGUUAAAAUGAGUCCAAUGGAUUUCCAAACAGUUUUGGGCAUUGUUAAUGUGCAUUACCACUGGAUGCUGAUGGUGAUCUCUCCGCAUGAGAAAAAGUGUGUUUUCCUGGACCCAAUGGGAGAGACUUCAGGAAAUAUAAAGAGAUGCUCAGAAGCAACAAGGGCUUUCAUGCGGAAAAAGGGGUGUAAUGUGUCCAGAUGGCCCUGCAGUGCUCUGCCACAUGCACGUCAGCGAGACGGUUCAUCAUGUGGCAUUCUUACUUUAAAAUUUGCUGAGUGCAUCUUGAAGGGAGUGCCAAUCAACAUCCUGACCACAGAGGAGGCUGUGAACCAGAUGAGGUGGGAUGUUGCAAUGAAACUUCUUGAAGAAUCAGACAAUCUCAGCAACCUGUGUCAUUAUUGUGGGUUGGAUGAAAAUGAAGACCCAAAUUGGAUCUGCUGUGAUAAUUGUGGGAGGUGGUACCACCAUGAGUGCGUACAGAGGCCGCCACUGCACAAGAACUACCUGUGCCCUGCAUGUAAAUAAAUGUUCAGUUCUUGCUUUUUUUUGUUAAUUGUUGUUUGCAUUUAUUUUUUUAUGUUCUUGUUCAUUUAAUUUGGAAAAAUUCGUUAUUUAUUGAUUAAUUAUUCAUUCUUGUUCUUUUAAUUUGGAGCAAUUUGUUAUUUUUUUGUUUAUUUGUUCAUGUUCUUGUAAUUUUAUUUUGUACAAAUAAUAAUUAUU